CAGUAUAAACGAAAUGUCAGUGGUGAAGUUUAGGCGUUGCAAAGGCCAAUAGUGAUUGAUGGUGCUUAGUUGUAUUUGCACAAGCCAUAGAGUAACGACGUCAUCUAUAAUCGCUUAGCUUAAAUUAAAGAAGUUAGUGUAGGAACAAUGUCGGCAGCAAAAGUGGAGGAACAGCAGGCGCUUCUUACGCAGACAUUAACGAUGAAGCCAAAAAAGAAGCCAUGCUGCAAGGGAAGGAACAAGAAGGAGCCUUGGACAGAAGGAGCGCUCCUAACAGAGUACCAAAAGGAAUAUUGGGAGAAACGUGCUCCCCACGAACGCGUUUCACCAACGUACCCACGAAGCCAACUUGGGGCCAACGGCGCUUUCGACGGGACCACGUCCUAUGGAACUAGUUACAAGAAACCUGAAGGAGCCGAGGCAGCUCAGCCCUUCCGGCCACCCCCGGGAGAAAAGGAGAACCUCCCCUUUAGCCCCUGGACAACAUACAAAGUGGACUUCCCCGCCAAGGAUGUGCCGUACGCCCGGGUACGACCCGUCAACCGGCUGCAGCCGCCCGCCGGCCCCUUCCAGGACACCACCACCAUGCGGGACUCCUACCCGGGCUGGGCGGGCGCGCGACCGCCCACACCCGUGCAGGGGCGCUCCGUGUCGGUGCCGCGAGGGUCCGGACCCUUCCAGGGCGUUACGUCGUACAAGGACGAUUUCCGCCGCUGGCCCGGCGCCCGCGCCCCCGCCGCCGCCCCCCUGCUAGGCCAGCGCACCGCCCUGCCCGGCGGCGCCUUCACGGACGCCACCACCCACCGCACCACCUACACACCCAAGCAGUCGGGGCCACCGGAGCGCAUCCGCCAUGCAGAUGCCACCAUGCGGCCCGAGGGGUGGUACGACGGAGUCCCCUCCACGGAAUACCGCAGACACUACACGGAGAAGGAAGGCGGGCCGCCCAAGCGUGCUGGACCCCCAGCAGUGGGCACGGGUACGGCACUGCCGUCGGGCGGGUUUCAGGGCUCCACGACGUACGGCACGGAGUUCAGGCCGCGUACGGCACCAGAGUACGAGCGUGCGGGCCGGCCAGUGGACGAGCCCAGGCAGACGGGGCCGUUUGAAGGGUACAGCACGUACAACGACGCGUUUGUGAAGAAGGACGUGCCGUACCAGCGUGUGAAGCCGGCGCAUAAGCUGCAGCCCGCUGCGGGUCCGUUUGAGGACACAACGGAGCACAAGAGCAGCUUCCAGAACUGGGGCACGCAACCGGUUCACAAGGCGGGUCCCAGCGCGAAUGGCACCCUUGCCGCCAGCGGUCCUUUCGACGGCGUGACGACCUACAAGAGUGAUUACCAUCCGCUGGCAGGGGGGCUCAGGGCAACGGCGGGGCGGCCCACAUCAGCAACGAGGAACAUGCGGACGGGGCCGUUCCAGGGGGUUUCGACGUACACGACGGAUUACGUGCCGAAGCCGUAUGACCCGGUGCGGUCGUACCGGCCGGACGAGUGCAGGUCGUGCGCGAGUGAUGAGGAGGAUUGAGCUUGAGGGAUGCGGGGGCGGGAGGGUAGGGUAUGGGUGGGGAAAAUUAUAUAAGAAAUGCAAACAACUAAGUCCCAAUCCCAGGAGGGAAAGGGAAAGGGCGCUGGGUGCUGGAAGAGGCAGGAGGUUGGUUUAGUUGGUUGGUGUUUGGUGGGCGAGGAGUUUGCUCGGAGGGAAGGCGGGUGGCGUCUUGUGAGGGGUAGGGUACGGGAUUAGCACUAUUUGUGGCUUGCAGGGAUGGUGGUGGAUUGAUGGAUGGACGGAUGGCGGUGGAUGCUGACUUUGUAUAUCUUUUCGAACUACUAAUCCUGGUAUGUGCCCCGUUGACGUGGCGCAAGGACGUGGGACUAGGCCAUGCGGAGGGGGUGCCCCUGUGUUGUGUGGCCGCGAGUGCCCCUGUGUGUGUCGCAUGUGGCUCGCUGAUGGGGGAUUGGUGCUGCGGGGUACGUUGUGGGGCGUGUGGAGGGACGGGCGGCAGGCUCGGGGUAUAGGUUGCUGGUAACUUACCGCGCGUGUGCAGAUGUCUGCAACAUGCUCGGUUGUGGGCUGCUAUUAUAGGAGCGUGCUGGCAUCUUGCUGCUGCCGCUGCUGUUAACCCGGCUAAAUGGUGAUUCGUUUUGUUUACAAGGGGUGCAUGCUGCUUUGCACCCCUUGUGCCCCUGCUCGUUGCGGUGUUUCUACAAUACGUUUCGCUGACGAGAUGAGCUUGAGCUAUGUAUUCGGGCGUGGCAUACCCUUGAAUGUGCCCAUGACUUUGCGUGCAAUUAAGGUACCGAUAGCUGGCUUGGCAUGUUGCCCGAUCCGUUUUGGCUGUCUGCUAUGUGUGAGCAAACGGCUUGCAUGAUGAUGAGGGAGGGCAACACCUUUCUCGAGGGCCAAUGCGGGAAGUACUAUGCUAUUGUAGUGUAGGAGGAACUUCCCUAGGCCGCUUUGACGUCUGCUGCAACAAAGCAGUUGUUGACUUGCGACGGCGCCGUUGUUAAGUGUUAGUGACCAUCAUUUUUGUUAUCGCUGAUGUAAAGCAGCGGUUAGGGAGUGCCGGGGUUACAGCAGGUUGGGUGUUGUAAGGCAGGCAUAGCCGAUGUAAGAGCCAGUCAUAGGCGUUGACCUUGCGUUAAUAUGCUUGUUUAGGUCGUUUAACUCAUGUAGCAGUAGUACUAACGGUUACGGUGUUACUGUCCUUUUGGGUAGUAGCCGCUGCUUGUGGCAGGCUUGCAGAUUCGACUUAGUUUCCCUUGUAACGAGUUCAAAAACAUGUUACGCCGGGUAUUGUCGCAGGGUUAUUGCGGUGUGAUGGACGGGAAGUACACGAUGCACGCCGUCUGUCUUGUCACACCUCUGCCGUAUUCUAGCUACACAUGCUGUACUCGCAAAGCAUGAGCGGGGCUUUAGCGCAUAGGCGUAAGCAGCCCUGGUAAUUAGGAACAGAGCCUGUUGGACGCGGCUUGGAACCAGGGUGGGGUUUGCGAAAUGGGGUUAUUGGUUUUGGCAUUCUAUAUGGACCUGCCGCUGCCGCAAAGGUGCCAUAUCCAGGUACUGGUAUGGAUACGUGCCCCUCCUGCACCCUCCUAGCGCGUGCGAUUAUUACAAGGGAGUCAGGACCUGUGUACCGGUACAUCGCAAGUGUAUUUCAACAAGGUUGCAGGUCACGCCGUAGCACCCCGAUCUGCAUCAUAUUGGGCCCGCACGGUUCUGCGUUGAACUUGGUUCAUUCAGAGUCCCAUUUCUGCACAGGCUAAUAACAAGCUAUUUGCCAAGCGGAGCACUAGCUGCUCUAGGAGCACAUACGUCUAGCUCGUCAGCGCAAGCCUGAUAAGGAUCAAACUCCCAGGACUGUAUAGAAAUAGUAACUAUUAUUCUGAUGAACGGUCCCUGCUGCAAUCAUUAUUCGCGAGGUUGCCUGCUGCUGGCACCAUGUUGCGACGACGAGGCUUUUGCUUGUCAUGUCUGUCAUGACGAGGAUGCGCCUUGUGGAUCGAAGCUCGACCGUCGCAGCAUCCAGCGGUUGCGCUGCCUGAAGUGCAGCCACGAUAACCCAAAUACUUGGAUGGGCUACUGUGUUUACUGCGGAGCUGAUUACGGAAGGAAGCACGCAUGCACCGUCUGCCACGUGUACUCGCACGACAAGGACAUGUGGCACUGUGACAAGUGCGGUAUCUGCCGGCUGGGGGAGCGGGAGCAGUACCGUCACUGCGACACAUGUGACGCCUGCCUGCCGACGACUCACUUCGCGACCCACACCUGCGCGCCCAACGCCAUGCACCGGGAGUGCCUGCUGUGCCGCGGAUACCUCUUCACCUCCCGCUCGCAGGUGGCUUACCUGCCCGGCUGCGGCCACCUGGCCAUCCACCUCAGCUGCCUGCAAGCUGCAGACGCGGAGGGCAGCGCGGACCGCCUGGUCUGCCCGCACUGCAGCGAGCAGCGCUCGGAGGCCGCCUCCGCGCACAUCCUCAACGCAAGUGCCAGCAGCAGCGGCGGCAGCGGCGCCGGUAGCAGUAGCGGAAUGGGCGCCGACGAUUUUCAGGAGUUGGAGGCUGUCCUUGCAAAGCUGAACCUGCAAGGGGAAGAGGAAGAGGAAGAGGACGGCAAGGAAGGGUUUGUCUUACAAUCCGGGCGGAGUGUCAACCCGCCCUCAAAAGUGUACUUCAUGGAUGGAACGACGUGCGGGACCUACCUCCGUCGCUUCAACGACUUGCCGAACCUGGUGAUCCCCUCGGACGAGGAGAACGAGGCGAGCAGGAAAGCUGUGGACCGCGUUGCCCGCACCCUGCAUGCCCUGGACGAGGUCAGUGUGGAUCGGGUACACAAGGGCGGCUCCUUCGGCCGCAAGACCAGCGUCAAGGGGCGGUUUGAUGUCGACCUGCCCGUCUUCGCAAACAACUUGCCCGCCGACCCUGCCAGCAGUGCUGACCUUAUGCGGCAGAAGCUGGGGGUAAAGGAAGUACAGCUCAAAAUUGAGAAGAACCUGCUGAAAUUCGAGGCGGACGGUGUGCAUAUGGACGUGCUGCUGCUGCACAACCUGGCCAAGGGCCAGCCCGCCGGGGUCGACAAGGCGCAGGUGCAUGUGGCGGAGCUGGUGGCCCCGCUGCUGCGGAUGACGGAUGCGAAGAUAGCGGAGCUGGCUGCUGCGGCGCCGGACGGGGCGAGGGAGCGGGGAGUGGUGGAGUCACUCACGAAGUUUGUGGGCGACCAACACACAGUCGCUAACCAGGCUGUACGCUUGUUUAAGGCCUGGGUCAAGUGCGGUCUGGGCGAGCGGGGCCUGCUGAGCCCGCCUAACCUGCGCUCCGUGGCGCUCGAGCUGAUUGUGCUGGCGGCAUUCCAGCAGGAGGAGCAGGAGCAGCAGAAGGGGGGGCAGCAGCAGCGGGGGUGGAGCGCUAAGGGGCUGCCGGACGUGCGUGAGAGCAGGAUGUUGCUUCUGCGCGUGUUCUUGCGCGCUCUGGACCUGUCUUCGCGGCUGCUUCAACCCGGGGUGGUGGUGCUGCUGGACGCUAGGCAGUACGGGGGCUACAGCCGGGAGCAGGGCAUGCGCUUCCGGGGGUGCUGGGGCGCGGAUGGGCCCUUCAUCAUCCACCCCAUCGACCCCACCUGCAAUGUCGCACGGGCCCCAGGCGGGAGCCAGGACCCCUGGGACUGGGCCGGUCUGGCACGUCACGCGCGAGUGCUGCUGAGCGUUGUACAGCACUGCAGCUUCGAGGUGCUGCGCAGGGAGUCGACCCUGGGGGCGGCGCUGUACCGCCUGGAGUACGGUAUUGGCAAGCAGUGAGGUGUACGGCAUUGGCAAAUGAAAAGUUGUACGGCAUGGGUAAGCUGUGUGUCAGAAAGUGAGAAGAGGGAAGGCGGAUCGAGCGGCAGGCAUGGAAGUAAGAACCCCGUAUACCGGUCCCUACAUGCAUUGUUGAGAAGCAGGAUGCUAAGGCCACUGUUAAGUGGGACGUCGUGGUGCUGCACUGAGAAAGGGGACCCCGCUGGAAAGCGUAGAAUAGGAUGCACGUUGUGUGUCGUACUGCCUAAUGCAUGCAUUGUUCCCUGGGCUCCUCGUGUGCAUGUGCAGCGGCCCUCUCCUCUUAUGAGCCGUGCCCACUGUAUAUGCAUGGAUAUGAAUUAGAUGUAGAGACCACCGGGAGGCGACGGAGACCGGGAACGUGGGG